UUCUCGCUCCCUCGGGCAUACACACACACACACAUACACGCAUUCACUAUUACUCACUCCUUUCUCUUUUCAAAAGGCCCUUGUGAGGCAGAUUGACAGGCUAGAAUGAAAAUGAGGCGGACGCUCGCUCACGACUCCAGUGCGUCCGCGUCCUUUUGAGCAGACCUCUAAACUUGGAUCGUAUCACCAUGGGAGCUAUUUGGGCUACAAGAGACUUUUGUUUGUUUUUGCUCUUGUUAAAUAGUCGCCAAAGCGCUGCGCUUCCAGAGAUUCGAGACCCAUGUGCGGACGGCAGUGAUGGCUGUCACAUAGAUGCGAUUUGUCAGACGACCCAGGGCUCAUACAAGUGCACAUGCAAAGCAGGCUUUAAAGGAGACGGCAAACACUGUGAAGACAUUGACGAAUGCGACGUGGAGUACAAUGGCGGGUGUGUACACGAAUGCAACAAUAUACCAGGAAAUUAUCGCUGCACUUGCUACGACGGCUUCAACCUGGACCACGAUGGUCACAACUGCUUAGAUGUGGAUGAGUGCAAGUUCAACAAUGGAGGCUGCCAACACACUUGUGUCAACACCAUGGGCAGCUACGAGUGCCGCUGCAAGGACGGCUUCUUCCUCAGUGACAACCAGCACACUUGCAUCCACCGUUCUGUUGAGGGCCUCAACUGUAUGAAUAAAGAGCAUGGCUGCGCCCACAUCUGCAGAGAAACACCCAAGGGGGGCGGGGCCUGUGAAUGCCGCCCGGGGUUCGAGCUGGCGCAUAACCAGAGAGGCUGCAUCUUGACGUGUAACCAUGGCAACGGGGGAUGCCAACACACCUGUGAGGACACUGAUAACGGCCCCAUAUGCAAGUGUCACGUCAGGUACGCCCUGCAGCCUGACAGGAGGUCGUGUGUUGAGCGAGACGAGGCCACCGCCGAGUCGUCGGACCACAACGCCACGUCCUUCGCCGAGGUGGACAAACGUGUCAAGCGGAGGCUUCUGAUGGAGACCUGCGCGGUCAACAACGGAGGGUGCGACUGUACUUGUAAAGACACAUCAACAGGCGUGCGCUGCACCUGCCCUGUCGGCUUCACACUGCAGCCCGAUGCCAAAACGUGCAAAGACAUUGAUGAAUGCGAGCUUCAAAACGGCGGCUGCGAUCACUUCUGCAGGAACACCAUCGGCAGCUUCGAGUGCAACUGCAGGAAAGGCUUCAAGCUGCUAACCGAUGAACGCUCCUGUCAAGAUAUAGACGAGUGCUACUUUGAGCGGACGUGUGAUCACACGUGUGUCAACUCCCCCGGUAGCUUUCAGUGUCUGUGCAACAAAGGCUACACCAUGUACGGACUGGCCCACUGUGGAGAUAUAAAUGAAUGCAGCGUAAACAAUGGCGGUUGUGAGCAGGGUUGUGAGAACACCCAGGGUGGGUUUGAGUGCUCCUGCAACCCUGGCUACAAGCUCCACUGGAACAAAAAGGACUGUAUUGAGGCAGAGGGUUCACCACCUGUGAAAGCCGCUUCCAAGCCAACGUUGAACUGUAGCAAGCAGGAGGGGGGCGACCGCUGCUUCCUGACCUGCCAGUCCCAAGUUCAUAUCAGCAGUGGUACGGAAGAUUCCUACACUGUGACCUGUGGAAUGCCCCUGCCCUGCUUGGCUGACGCACAAAAGAACAACAGCGGCUCGCAAUGCUUCGCUCCGGAGACGUCCGGCGUGCCUCGCAUUAAGACCACUGCCACGUUCAAGUCGGGCACGACCAAGUGCAAUUUAAAAAAAAGCCAGGAGCGGCUCAGGGAUAGUUUGAACUCAGCACGUUCAGACAGCAGGUUUCCCUUCACCGAGAACGUCCAGUUCAGCUACGUCAGCCUGCGCUGCACCUCGUCUGCGCAGCGGGGCCGCAGCCGCCACGGCAGGAAGGCGGCCGAUGAGGACGGCUCAUCUAUCGCUGCAGAGUUCGAACUGGAUGUGAACCUAGAGGAGGUAACAGCAGGGGGCUGUGACCUGAACUGCGUAAGACGACGCUCCGAGAAGAGGCUGAGGAAGACCAUCCGCACCCUGAGGAAGUCCAUCAACCGGGAGCAGUUCCACCUCCACUUUGCUGGGUCCGACUACGAGCUAGCCAAGAACCUGGCGCAGCCGGCGGAAGCGCCUGGGCGAUGUGUGGCGGGACAGGUGCUGGUGGGCAGGAGGUGUGUGAGCUGCGGUGUUGGCACAUACUACGACAGUGACCAGGGGAGGUGCGCGACGUGUCCAGCUGGUACCUAUCAGGACGAGGAGGGCCAGAUGUCCUGCGAGGUGUGCCCCGCACCUGAAGGAAGGGAUGUGGCCAAAGUGGCCGGAGCGCGAAACGUCUCAGAGUGUGGAGGUCAGUGCCCGCCGGGUCAUUACUCUCACGACGGCUUCACCCCAUGCCAGCCGUGUCCGCUGGGUUCGUACCAGCCAGAGGUGGGACGUACCACCUGCUUUCCAUGUGGCGGUAACCUGGUCACCAAGCGCAAUGGGGCUGUCACCUUUCAAGAGUGUGAGACCAAAGUUCAAUGUUCUCCAGGCCAUUAUUACAACACAACAACACACCGCUGCAUCCGCUGCCCCACCGGCACAUUCCAGGUGGAGUUCGGCCAGAACUACUGCACCGCCUGCCCCGGAAACACCUCCACCGAUUUUGAUGGUUCCACUAGCAUUAUGCAGUGCAAAAACAGACAGUGCGGGGGCGAGCUGGGAGACUAUACCGGCUAUAUCGAGUCGCCCAACUAUCCCGGGAAUUAUCCGGCCAACGUGGAGUGCACGUGGACCAUCAACCCGCCGCCCAAACGCAGGAUUCUUAUCGUGGUGCCGGAAAUAUUUCUUCCUAUUGAGGACGAGUGUGGAGACUACUUAGUCAUGAGGAAAAGCGCUCUGUUAAACUCUGUGACCACCUACGAAACGUGUCAGACAUACGAGCGUCCCAUCGCCUUCACCUCUCGCUCCAAGAGACUCUGGAUUCAAUUCCGAUCCAACGAAGGGAACAGCGGGAAAGGCUUCCAGGUCCCGUAUGUUACAUAUGACGAGGACUACCAAGAAUUGAUAGAGGACAUCGUAAGGGAUGGAAGGUUAUAUGCGUCGGAGAAUCAUCAAGAGAUUCUCAAGGACAAGAAGCUCAUGAAGGCCUUGUUCGAUGUUCUGGCUCACCCCCAAAACUUCUUCAACUACACGGCCCAAGAAUCCCGAGAAAUGUUCCCCAAAUCUUUCAUCCGCUUCCUGCGUUCCAAAGUCCUAAGAUUCCUCCGUCCGUAAGCUGAUGAAUAGUUCCAGCAGACUGAUUCAGUGUUUUCUCUUAGUUAUAUGCUUAGUAAUGAAGCUGAUCCCAAAAAAAGAAAAAAAAAAAACCUGACGCGGGCAAACGUGAGGAGCAAUGAAAGGACUCACUUGAGCAUCAGGAUCACUUCUCCCACUUUAUGUUGGUAUUAAAAAACAGAGCAACUACAUUAACUGUAUAACCUCAUUUAGAUGUAUACGUCUCAGUAUGUUCAUCUUAUCUGUAUUCAUCGCAUUGAAUAUCGCUCCAACUUCUCAUUAUAACACUAGGAGACUUUUUGCUGGUGAGUAGCAAACUCAUCAUAUACUGAAACUCAGUGAUAUUGUAUAUAGAGUGUGUAUGUAGUUUUAACAUAGGCUACUUUUACAAAUGAUACACAAUGAGAGAAACAAUGAUAGCACAAAUGUUGUUCUUGGGAACUAAAGCACUACGAAGAAAGUAGUGGAUCCACAAAAGCAAUUAUCCCGAUGAAUGUUUUGUAUAUGAUGUAAAAAGUUUAGUGAAAUGUAUGGUAGCAAUGAUGUGUUUGUCUAAGUAUAGUAUGGCAACUCUUAUUUUAGAGGUUGCCAUUUGGAAAAAUCACUUUUAAAAAAACUACGGUAAAUUCCAAAAAGAUGAAACUAGGGCACCUCGCCUACUCCAUUAAACGACAUCCAUUGCUCGUUAUUUUAUUGUUUUAUUGUGCACCAACAACCAAAGACAGCUGACAAUUGAGGGCAUGUACUGGAUGACAUGUUUCUGAGUAACAAAUGCGGUAAAUGAAAAGUCUUGUAAAAUAGAAGUGAGCAACUCACCUGUACUAGACAAUUUGCGCGUGUGUGUGUGUAUAUUUUUAUGAUUUUGUACAUCAACUAUGCUGUAAAUAAAGAUAGAAACAUUACAUUA